UUUUUUAUUUUUUUUAUUAAUAUAUUUACAUAAACAUACAUAUAUAUAUAUAUAUAUAUAUGUACAUAUAUACACACAUACAUAUAUAUAUAUAUAUAUAUAUAUAUAUAUAUAUCCUAUUUAAGAUACAAACAUAGACUAUGAUUUUUCUUUCUUUAAUUUAAAUUUAAUUUAAAUUUAAAAUAUGCUAGGAACAAUUUUUGUUGUAAUAUUAGAAAAUUAAUAAUACAAAGUUUCGCCAUCUAUUUAUAUGAUAUUUUGAUCUUAAAAUCUAAAUCUAGUAUGCAUUCUAUGUAUUUUUUUAAAUCACAGUAUUAUUUUUUUUAUAUUGCUGAUACACAAAUAAUAUAACGUUCUCGUAAUAUAAAGUUUUCGAAUGUUUGUUAUUAUAUGUAUCAACUACAUUUUGAUUAACAAUAUUAUUUUGUGUUAAAUAACAGUUAUUUUAUUAAAAUUGAUUAAAAAUGUUCAAUCAAAGUGGAGGAUUACAAACUGGCACAUCAUCUACUUCUAAUCCAAUGCAAGAUUUUGAGGUUGUCUCUCCUCCUGAUGAUUCUGUUUCCAGUCUCGCAUUUAGUCCUGCUUCUAUUCCACAAAAUUUUCUUGUUGCUGGUUCUUGGGAUUGCAAUGUUCGUUGCUGGGAAGUUGAACAAUCUGGCAAAACGGUUCCUAAAUCGAUGCAAUCCAUGGCAGCCCCAGUUCUCGAUGUUUGUUGGAGCGAUGAUGGAACAAAAGUAUUCAUGGCAUCUUGUGAUAAAACUGCAAAAUGUUGGGACUUAGCAUCAAACCAGGCUAUUCAAGUUGCAGCACAUGAUGCACCUAUUAAAACUUGUCAUUGGAUUAAAGCAAGUACAUAUUCAUGUCUUAUGACAGGUUCUUGGGAUAAAACAUUAAGAUUUUGGGAUCUACGAAGUCCCAAGCCAGCAAUGACUAUAAAUUUAAUUGAAAGAUGUUAUUGUGCAGAUGUUGACUAUCCAAUGGCAGUAGUAGGAACUGCUGGACGUGGAUUAAUAGUUUAUCAGUUGGAAGGUAGUCCUCGAGAAUAUAAGACAGUAGAAUUAAGUCUAAAAUAUCAGUAUCGAUGUGUUGCAAUUUUUAAAGAUAAAAAAAAAGUUCCCACUGGUUUUGCAAUUGGCAGUACAGAAGGUCGUGUAGCAAUACAUCAUUUGAAUUUAAGUUCAAAAGAAAAUUUUACUUUUAAGUGUCACAGAACAAAUGGAACUCCUAAUGGAUAUCAAGAUAUUUAUGCAGUAAAUGAUAUUGCAUUUCAUCCAGUUCAUGGUACUGUUGCAACUGUUGGAGGUGAUGGUACAUUUGGAUUUUGGGACAAAGAUGCAAGAACUAAAUUAAAAUCUUCAGAACCUAUGGAGCAACCAAUUACUCGGUGUUGCUUUAAUCACAAUGGGCAAAUAUUUGCAUAUGCAGUAUCAUAUGAUUGGUCAAAAGGCCAUGAAUAUUAUAAUCCAGCUAAAAAAAAUUCCAUAUUCCUUAGACCAUGUUUUGAAGAACUAAAACCUAAAGCGUCACCGUAAGACCAGAGGAACACCAUAUAAUCAGGCUAAGAAUUCUGAAUUCUGUGAUGUGUUUUAAGAUAAUAGGUUUUAUAAUUACAGAAUAUACUGUUUACAUUAAUAAAUUAUAGCUUUCCUAUCUUUUUUUUUUAGUUAUACAAGUUUUCCAAUAUUAUUUCAUUAUAAUACAUUGUAAAUAGCUUCGAUAUACAAUACAAUUGUAGUUUACAUUUUUCAUCAUAUAUAUAUUUGACUAUUUCUCACACAAGCUCAUUGUACAAAGAUGUAUAUACAUGCAAGAAGAGUCUUGUUCUUUUUUCACAAGUAUAGAAAUGUAAAAAAAUAAUUCCGAUAAAAAUUCUUACAAUAUUUUGAAACUGACAUGAAAAUUAAACUAUUUUUUCAUUUAGUGCUUUUAAAUAAAAUGCUAAAAUAAAUAUAAAUCAAAUUUUAUUGUUUAAA